GGGUGGAUCAAGACUGCGAGGGACGCGAUGCUCGUCUUCGAGGCGACCCGUGCAGGCAUCGUUCCACGCGUCACUCGGCGAUUCCACGAGCUGGAGAAGCGGGAGAUCAUCCAGAGCGGUGCAAUCCUUGUUUUCACCGAGGAGGAGAGCGGUAUCAAGAGGUGGACGGAUCCGUACCUGUGGUCGGCGUCGCGCAUGCAGGGAAACUUCUUGAUGUAUCGCGAGAGAGAAGACAGUUGUCCUGAAGCGGACGCUCCCUACCGCUGCUCUGCCAUGACUCCCCUCUCGGACGCCGAUGAUCAGGAAGCAGACAGUGAGCUGGAGUACUACAUCCUUGGGAGCUGGAACAAGGGCAAAGGGUUGAAGAAGGACGGACUCAUGAAGAAGACAACCUCAAUGUCCAUCGAAGACACGACGUACCACCUCGUCUCCUACUAUUACCCUUCUGAUGUCCGCUCUGGAUUGCUUCGGACUCCAUCCUCUAUGCCGGAGCUAGCAUGCUUAGAAAUUAGCCCUGCCAUGAAGCUCGGCUUCUCCCAUACUCGCCAUCUGCACGCAAGCCGUGGAAAGCGGGGAAGGCCACCACGAUCGAGUCGUAGCGGGGAGACUAGUGCACAUAAUCCUGAGGUGCAGGUUUCUCCGACGUCGCACUCCGCCCCUACGUCACCCGUCGAAGUGCCUUCUCUUCCAGAGCGCUCUCUAUAUCGCCAUUCAUCUGCGACGCUUAUUACCACCCCUAACUCGUCUUCUUCACCUUCUCCACGCUCGCGUUUCCAUCCUUACGCUCAUGGAAAUGCUGCAUCCUCUCCCGAACUAACAUUACGAAAC